AUGGAAAACAUGGAAGACUCUUGCUGGCCAAGAAGACAGACUCUCUCUCUCUCUCUCUCUCACAUGACAGCCUGUCGUCUCUCUCUCCUGUCUACCGUAUAAAAACGACCAUGUUCAAUUCCAGCUCUCAUUCUUAUUUCUGUGCCCACCGUCGUGUCUCUUCUGCGCUAUUUUUUGGCGCUCUUGAGGAGGAAGAAAGGAGGCUGGGCAGGGGGGAACCGCUCCAUCACCAUGAGUCUCUUUGGCCUCGGAAGCAGAAAUCAGAAGACUUUUAGGCCUAAAAAGAGCGCUCCAUCGGGAAGUAAGGGUGCUCAACUACAAAGACACAUUGAUGCUACACUGGGAAGUGGAAAUUUGAGAGAAGCAGUGCGGCUUCCCCCUGGAGAAGACAUCAAUGAGUGGCUGGCAGUAAACACCGUGGACUUUUUCAAUCAAGUGAACAUUCUAUAUGGUACACUCACUGAAUUCUGCACGCCAUCUAACUGCCCGACAAUGUCCGCAGGCUCAAAAUACGAGUACAGGUGGGCUGAUGGAGUGACCAUUAAGAAACCCAUCGAGGUGUCAGCUCCUAAAUACGUCGAGUAUUUGAUGGACUGGAUUGAGGUUCAGCUUGACGAUGAAUCAGUUUUCCCACAAAAAUUGGGGGCUCCAUUUCCGAGCAAUUUCAAAGAAGUUGUCAAAACCAUUUUCAAGCGCUUGUUCCGUGUCUAUGCCCAUAUCUACCACUCGCAUUUUCAGAAGAUCGUGAGCUUGAAGGAAGAAGCUCAUCUAAAUACUUGCUUCAAGCAUUUCGUUCUCUUCACGUGGGAAUUUCGGCUGAUCAACAAAGAGGAGCUUGCGCCGCUUAAUGAACUCGUCGAAUCUAUUCUGCAGUUGUAGUGAUGGGCGGUUUUGUUUAUCCUUUGUUUUCUUGUUUCCCUUUUCCCCCUUGUUUUGGAUAUCUAGAUUGAGAUUAUCGGGCUAACUUCUUUUUGUCGUCGGUGUAUGAGAUAUCUUGAUUCAGCUCAUAACUUUGUCUUUAGUGUGUUUAUAUCAAAGAUUUGGUGUAAAUUCUGUAACAUCAAACAAGUAAACUCCUGGUCUCCCAAUGUCCUUUAGUGCAGUUUUUGCGCAUACAUUGUGAUCCUUAUAUAGCAAAAAGGUUCGUCCA